CGAAAGAAAUGCAGGUGGUGGGUGCAGGACAACGAUGCCAUUGUGAAAGUGACACAACCGCACAAAACAACCCUGUCAUUAUUUUGUUUGUUUGUCACAAUGAUUAGUAGUUGUUAUUUUUGUACCCUGUCAUUAUUACAGUGCGAAACCAAACUAACACCACCAUGAUGGACCUGCUAGCACCUGAUCAUCUCCGCUUUACGUGUGAGAUUCUAUUCGAUGAGAUUCACCUCUACCGUGUGGAAGAGGGUGGUAUGAACUUGUCGGAAUUGGGUGCUAGCUUGAUUGAGCUCAAGGCACAACUGUGGGAGUCGCAUGGAGUUUGCUUGGACGAAAACGACGACGACGAGGAGGAAGAGCUGGACUAUGACGAGAGUGAUCCGAUUACCGAUCUUGUGAUUCACGUAUCUUGGGCACCAUCUCCCGAGUUGCAGUUGGAUGGUAGUCCGUUUGUCCGCUUGUUGCAUCGCGUCUUUCCCAAUUUGACCCGUCUCGUGUACUUUUUGUGUCAUAUUGACGAACGGGACGAACAAGGCGAUUCCAUGGAUCUCUUGGUAGCAUUACUGGCACAUAAUAAGGAUCCAACACCCACUACCCAGUUGUCCAGUCUGGAGAUUUCCUUUACCCGUUGGCAACCACAAGAAUUUCACUGUUCUCUGGACAAACUAGCCGCCAUUACAGUUCCUCACUUGCAGGAGUUGAAACUCAUUGGACAAUCCAUUACUCGCUUGUCAAGUUCGUGUUUGACCGGUCUGGGUCACUUUAUCCAAAACAACCACACGUCGCUGCAAACGGUAGAGUUUUUUGGGAUUUGCAAUCCCAACCAGUUCGCCUGGGAACCGGUCAUUGGUGCGUUGCGGGGCAUGACGGGACUGCAAAAGGUGGCCGUGUUGCACGACGAGGAGGAUCACCCCGAGAAGCAUUAUCCGAUCCAUGAUCCUUCCGCCAUGGCACGGAUGCAGUACUGGCCCAAUUUUCUCCCUCGCAUUCAACAAACCAAAGCGAACCAUCUGGGAGGAGGUGAUCCCUCCAAGGCAACUCCCGAGCAAUGGAUCCAGGCACUCUUGUCGGUACGGGAUCGUGUGGAUUGUCUGUACUACUUUUUGUCGACGUAUCCCAUGGAGAGUAGUGUGGCUGCCAAGGCCAUUUUGGAACGGGGUCUGUAG